AUGAGAGUGAUUCAGGGUUUAAGUAGGGGUUGUGCAGGGAGAGGGGACAGGAAGAGUAGGGAGAGGCAUCUUGAAUAUGCAUCACAGGAAGCAGCAUCACAGGAAGCAGCAUCACAGGAAGCAGCAUCACAGGAAGCAGCAUCACAGGAAGCAGCAGCACAGGAAGCAGCAGCACAGGAAGCAGCAGCACAGGAAGCAGAGGGGGAGGAUGGGGAGGAGUCAGAGGAGGAGGGUGAUAAGGAGGGAAAGGAGAGAGAAGAGAGAGAAGAAGGCAAGGAGGAAGAGGAGGGAGAGGGGGGAGAGGAGGAAGAGGAGGACGAAGAGGGCGAAGAGGAGGAGGAAGAGGAGGAAAAGGAGGAGGAAGAGGAGGAAGAAGAGGAAGAGGAGGAAGAGGAGGAGGAAAAGGGUGAAGAGGAAGAGGAGGAGGAGGAAGAGGAGGAAGAGGGAGACACGGAUGAGGGAGGGGAGGAGUCAAAUACAGCAGCGGCACAGGAGGAGGAUGAAUUAGACCUUGCAACGGUGCAAGCACAUGAUUCCGAUGCGGUGAGGCGGGCAGUUAAAAAACUUACUAGUUUCAACUGGGCCGUGGCCUAUGAGGGGCUGGCUGUGGUAUUUGGGAGUAGGGCGGAUAGGAUUGCGUGGGAGGUGGAGGGGGGAUGGGGAGGAGAGGGGUCGAGAGAGAAGGGAGAAUUGGGAGGAGAGGGGAGGGAGGAGGGGUGUGAGGAACAGUAUGGGGCAGCGAGUGAGAGGGGGGCAGCAGAGAAGCGUUAUAUAUCCAUAGGUGAGGAGGGAGAGGAGUGGAGAGGGGAGUGCGUAGAGAGAAAGUAUAGGAGGGAGGAGGAGGAGGAUGGAGAGAGGGAUGGAGAGAGGUACGAAGGAGGAGGAGGAGGAGGAGGAGGAGGAGGAGGAGGAGGAGGAGGAGGAGGAGGAGGAGGAGGAGGAGGAGGAGGAGGAGGAGGAGGAGGAGGAGGAGGAGGAGGAGGAGGAGGAGGGGAGGAAAGACGAGAAGGGAUGGAAAAAGGAGAAGGGAAGGGAGGUGGGAAUGGAGGAGAGGGAGUAAGGAAGGAGGAGGAGUGGGAGGAAUGGGAUAGAGAGUGGGCAAUAGAGGAUGCAGAGAAAGUGGGUCGGUUGCUGGUAGGGGGGAAGAGGAAGCGGGGAGGAAGGGGAGACGGGAAGGGAGUGGAGAACGAUAAGGGUGGUGAGAGUGAUGCGAGAUGCACGAGGAUAAAGAAAGAAGGAAAGGGAGUGAGGCAGGAAGGUAUGUUUGGUUCAAAACUCCCAAGGAAAGAUCCCCGAAAGAAGGAGCCGGCGUUUGAAGCGAAAGGGGAAGGACGUGAGGAAGAAAAUAUUAGUACAGGAAGGCUACAGCUAGGAGCAGGCGGCGGUAUUGGUGUUCAAGGUGCAACUUCUGCUGCAGUUUCAAGGGAGGGAGAAGCUUUUGAGAAUUCUCAACAGUUAAGGGCAGGCAAUAUGGGUGCUCAAGGGGUAACUUCUGCUGCUGUUUCAAGGGAGGGAGAAAAGCUGGAAGCAGCAGCGAGUCUGUGGCAGAGGGAUAGUAUUGUGGAUAGUGAGCUCACAGCACCUAGCAAGGCACAGAGGGAGGGAGGAGGGAAGCUGGGAGCAGCAGUGAGGUUGUGGCAGCGGGUGGUACAGCAGUGGGGGGUGUACCGGAGGUGGCUCAAGCUGGUGGCGCUGCAUUGCCCCAACCUGCAGUUUGAAGUGAUGAUUGAACGCGCCAGGUCGAACCACCACUCGGCUACACCGACAGUCUAUGACAAGGGGGUCAUCAGCUUCAGGAGCAAUGUGCUUUUAGCCUUUGGCCUGCGCCGCCGCUUUCAAGAGUCUCUCCUUCUUCUCAUCGACGCCGCUCACACUGCUUUCUACGCCCCAACGCACGGCACUUCCGCUUCAAGUGCUGCUGCAAUAGUCCCUGACACAGCGCACCUGGUUCCACUGCUAAAGCAGAUUAAGCAUCUCUUUCAA